AUGUAGAAAUAAAAGUAGGAAUUAACAUUCUCAGAAAACAAAGGACAUUCAGAUACAAAUGUUAAACUAAUGAAAAUAUUCUUGUCUUAAUAUUUGAUUUCUGUAGGAUUUAAGAAAGCACAAGAGCAUGCAAUUAAUUUGUUAACUGAUUUGCUCAUUAAAUAUAUUAAAAAGAUUGGAGUUAAAGUUAAAAGAAUUACUUAAUUGUAAGGAAGAAAUGAAACAAAUAUCUUUUAAUUGUUAUUCGAAGUUGAUACAAAUAUGAAGAUUACACUAAACAGCAUCCUUGACUACAUAGGAGAAAAUUAAAACAAAGAAGUAAUUAACAAAGAUAAUUAAGGCAAAGAAGAAAUAGCCAAACCCAAAAAGGAAAAUUACUUUAUUCGCAAUUUGAUCAAAGACAUAUUUUAAAAUGAAAGUAACAAUGACAUAGAAGAGGAUAGAGAAUUCACCAAUAUCAAAAAAACCGAGGAUACUUUUGAAGGUUUAAGAGCUGUUGAAGAUGUUAAAAAUAUUAAAUCCUUGUCUGAAUCCAGAAGUAUCAUGAAACUUAUUAAUCGCAAAUAACCAGAGCUUCCAAAGUCAAAAGAAACUGAAGAAUAAGAAGGGUAUAAAGAGUCUGAUAUAAAACUGCUUAAGGCUUAAUAAAAAAGAUAUUUUGUAUCUUAACUGUUAAGGAUUAGAAGACCUGUUGAGGAUUUGAAUAAAAAAAGAAAAUUAAAGGAGAUUUGUGAUCAAGAAGAUUAAUCUAAAAUUCCUGAUGCUGAAGAUGAGAAAGAUGGAAAUGAUGAUGGAGAAAUGUAAAUUGUUGAAAAAAGUAAAAAACCAGAAUAAAAGUAAGUUAAUACACUAAAUCCUUUUAGUAUUCCCUCUAAAAAAGUAAAAGAAAUUAAAUUAGAUGAUUUCAGUAUUUGA